UAACACGCAUGCGCAUUUGCGUCUUAACGAAAUAGUCGUAAACAACAUUUUUUUUCAAUCCAGAACCCUGAAUAGUUUACGUAUGGGAAAGUAACGGGGGGUUAAUCGAGUUAGUGGAUGACGUUUUUUUGUAUUUUCGAUGAAUUUUGGAAAAAAUAUGAUAUUUUUCGGAUACGAAUGGUACCCAUAAUUCCUGCAUUUAUGGGUCGUUGGUAUGCGGUGACGUCAUCCGAAUCGUUCUGGAAAAGCCCUGCAGGACAAUAAUGGCGGAUUUGUUUGCAAAAUACAACUGUACGUAUUGUCAAGAGGAUAUUACAGGAUUGCGUAUAAAAUGCGUCGAAUGCCCAGAUUUCGACCUAUGUUUGCAGUGCUUCUCAGCUGGAGCUGAAAUUGGCCAACACAAAAAUGAUCACUCCUAUCAGUUUAUGGAUUCUGGUACUAUUAGUAUAUUCAAUGGACGAGGUAAUUGGACUGCAAAAGAACAACUUAGACUUUUGGAUGCCAUUGAACAAUUUGGCUUUGGUAAUUGGGAAGAUAUCAGUAAACAUAUUGAAACUAGAAGUCCGGAAGAAGCGAAAGAAGAAUACACUGCUAGGUAUUUGGAUGGCAACAUCGGAAAGCAUACAUGGCCACCUACAGAAAGCUAUACGCCAAAUCUUACGGAUCAAACUAAGUCAGAUAAUGGACCACUGUCGCCCGAUCUCACAUCUCGGUUACCUCCACUGGAUAUAACACCGGAGGAAGCUGCUCAACUGGGCUAUAUGCCUCAACGAGAUGACUUUGAAAGAGACUAUAACCACGAAGCGGAGUCUCUCGUUUCUUCGUUAUUUUUAAAUCCUGCAGAGGACGAUGAUCUUGACAUAGCGCUUAAGCUAGCACAAGUCGAUAUGUACACUAAUAAUUUAAGAGAAAGAGCUAGAAGAAAACGCGUCGUACGAGAUUAUCAACUUGUGUCUUCUUUCUUUGCAUCUUCUAGAAAAGAUAGAGGAGGAGUAAAGAAACGAAGAACGAAGGAAGAGAGAGAAUUUAGAGACAGAAUGCGCACUUUUGCACAAUUUUAUACAGCACAGGAACACGAGCAGUUCCUAACAAAUCUUGAAAGAGAAAGAGAGCUUCGGUUACGACUCUCUGAACUUUAUCGUUAUCGGGAGCAUGGCAUAGCAAGGCACGAAGAAUGUGCUCAUUUUGAACAAAUAAUAGCACAGGCUCAGGGACAAAACGAUGCUGCAGAACACUGGACAGAAAAAAAAUCUGAAUUUGUUAACAGAUUGUAUCAGUUUACAUUUCACUUAGGGCAGCAGUGGGCCGUCCACACCAAUACAUCGCCACACCUCAAAAAAAAGUUUACAGUCCUUCAUUCUAGAGAAGAAGAAAAAAAUUACUCUUCCACCGACCGAAAGUCCACUAUAAAAGUAGACACAGCCAGCAGCAGCUCCACAAUGAAUCAAAUCAAUCCCAAUCGGAUGAUGAUUCCAACCAAUCAGUGGGCGGAGCAGGAUAGCAGCCAACAUUCUACGAGUUCAAAUUCUACAAUAGAAAAAAAUUGCAACUUAGGGUCAUCUUCUUCAAAAAUACUCUCGCAUUUGGGAGAAACAGGAGAACGAGAUAUAGAAUUGGAGGCAUCGGCGCAUCUUUUAACGAAACAAGAAAAAUUAUUAUGUCUUCAAUUAGACUUGAAGCCGAUGCAAUAUUUAACGCAAAAAACAUUGUUGUUACAAGAAUAUCUCAGCGGUAAUAAAAAAUCAGGGAUUAUACCUCAAUCGGAACCAGAGAGUAAGAUACUUCAUUAUUUGGUAGCUAAUGGUUGGAUCGCAGCCAAUUGAUCGAUUAUCGAGACAAAAGUUAUGCUCAUUUUCCAAUUCUAAGUCAUCCUUUAUUUUACUAAGUCGUAGAUAUAUAAUGACAACAUGAGUAUAACUUAAUUAAUAAAUAAGAAUUAGAUAGAAAAAGAGAGCAUAUAACAACAAAUUUCUUUUUCUUCGACUACGUUUUUCUGAAACAAUGUUAUGUCUCAGUUAUGUUAUAAAGUUUAUUGAAAAUGAUAUUGCUGUUAUCAAGAACGAAGAAUAUUAUACUACUAGAUAAAUUAUAAAUGUAGUAUCAUUUUUAUUUGAUAUCAAUUCAGGUUGGGGUAUGUAUGUACAUAUGUAAAUGCACGCACAUAUCGAUAUAUGUGUAUGUAUAUUUAUCGAAACGAGUCUACCACUUUUAAAUUCAAAAAUGAUCUAAAGAAAAUAUUUUAUAAUACUGCCUUCUUAGUCACUAUAUACUGUUCUAUCAAUUCUUCCAUAUAAAAUCUUGUUGUUUCUUUUUUCAUUUUUCUUUUUUAGAUCAUAUUGUUGCACACGUGUAGAAUAUCAUCGUUUAUUUUAUUUCAAUAUUAUUUGUUACCAUACUUGACAAUAAGGAAAAAAUAAUUUGUGCGUCAUAUCUUUUUUAAAUUAUGUGGAACAACUGCAAGGACACCAAGUAUCUGUGUAAUUGUAAUUUAUGAAAGUAUUGCUGUCGUGCUUGAAGAUCUAAAAUAUAUUCUAUCACACGUUAAAUUCAUUCUUGCUUAACAUUUUCAGCAAAAAAGAGUACGUAAAGCUGCAAUAUGAAACAAAAAAGAAUAAAAAAGAAAAACAAAAAAAUAGAACACUUUUUUCUUAUUGCAUUGAUAUGAGAUUUGCCUAUUGAAAGAUUACAUGUUAUUAAAUAUGAUAUGUAUAUAUAGAUUUAGCUUUAUAAAGUGGAGAUACUUAACCUAGAGAUACUGUGGAGAUGAUACGUAGCCUAGUUCGUCUAAUAUACGAAUAUUUUCUCUGUGUAAAAUAAUGAAAAGAAAAA